AAUGUCAACACAGAUUUGCCAGAUUUUGACUAUGAGACAGCGAUUUAUUAUGGCGAUUCAAAUGUUAAUAUUGGCGAGCCAUUCUCAAUCACAUGCAUAGUCCCCUUGGCCGAUCCCAUAUUUUGGCUCAAAGAUGGCGAGCCAAUAACGCGGCACAAUCUGCGACACGGACGCGAUGAGCACUCGUACACGCUGUCGGAGAGUGCCAUUGAGGGUGAGAAACACAAAAUCGAGGCACAUCUUAACGUGCGUCACGCGCUUAAAGUGCACGAGGGUCAGUAUAAGUGCAACAACUUGCACACAAGUUACCACAUGUUGCACGUACGCAGUGCCAAUGAGGCGCCUCAACAUCCACAAACAUACUCUCCAUUUGUCGUGACAGCGGGUGGCGUCGGCGGCGGUGACGGUGACGGUGGUGGACAUCUUUCAACAUUCUCGGCGUACGAAACUAUACACGAUCUGACGCCCAGUUCGGUGGAUGAUCUUUUCACAGGAAUAUGGGACACGGACGUGAAUGUGGGCGUUUCGCCGGCUAUGUCACUGCCAACACUAACGACAACAACAACAGCAAGCACCACACAUCGGCGACAACAUCAUCACCAUCAUCAGCAACAAUUGCCACAAAUGCCACAAUUCAAAGCAACAAAUCUGGAUGAGCAGCACAAGUUGAUUUAUAUAAACGCCACAAAUUUCGAUGGUAAACCGUCAUUAACUCUGCCAGAUAGCAGCAGUGACGGUGGCAGUAGUGUUGGUAGUGAACUGGACACACGGUUAAACAAUUUUGAAUAUAUGACGCCAAAAAAGCAUGGCGAAAUAACAACAACGUCCAAUCGCGGUAACAGCGGUGGUGGUGGUGGUAUUGGUGGCGCUAAAUAUCCACCUAUGCCAAAUUUCCCACCGCCACGCUUGACAGUAGCGCCCCCACCGCAUCGUAAUACGGAUCAUCACUACCACAGGAUCACUGCCAGCAACAGUAAUAGCAAUAGCAAUCCCUUCACGACGCACGGCUAUCAACUGACCGAAACACAAUCCACAUUUCCGCUGCAAACGGCCCCGUCAAACUACCAGCAGCCUACACAAAUGUUCACGCCACAACAAAUUGGUGUACAAACAAUGACGCCAAUUGAUAACUACCGCAAGCAAAUACAUCAGCAUCAGCCCAAUCAACAGCAAACUUAUCCACCGCAUCAGUUUAUGAAUCCGAAUUUGAGCCAACAGAAUCAGCGAAAACAGCAGCAACAGCGGCAGCCAGUGUUUCCAAGUGUUACCGCAGUUUCGGUGGGCGGCACUAUGGUGUUACCCACAUCUCUGUCACCACAACCCACUCCCACGGCACAAAUGCCAAUCCGCAAGGAUACUGACUUUUUGGUGCCAAACUAUGAUAAUGCAGAACAUCAGUUAAAAGUAUUUGAAAUCAGAUCACCCCUAGUACUUAGCUGUAACAUAACCAAAGGUGAUGGUGCCGUACUCAAAUGGGAGAAGAACGGUACGGAUGUUGCGAAAGUCAAAGAACUUACAGGACGUUACAGAAUAAUUCAGGCCGAAAGAAAGUUCAUAAUUGACCGAACAGAUAUCUACGAUGAUGGUCUCUACAGUUGUGUAGUCGAUGAUCAGAAGAAAGAUAUUAAUGUAGUUGCUCGCGUUCUUGUACGAGUGCCUUCAAAUACCGGUGUUGUUGAGGGUGAGAAAUUGUCAAUUCUCUGUACAACUGCUGGUACGGAUCCACAAUUGUCUUGGAAGAUUGGUAAUUUAACAAUCUCAAACAGCACAGGUCGUUAUAUGUUGAAACCCGAUGAUAAUCAUGUGAAAAACGCAAUCUUGUCCGUUGAGAAUAUAAGCCUUGAUGAUAGAGGCGAGUAUAAAUGCAUUGGUCGCAAUGACGCCAAUGAGUAUGCUGACUACGCCGAGGCCAGUGACGUUUCAUUUGUUCGCGUUAAGGGCAAACUCGCCGCCUUGUGGCCUUUCCUGGGUAUCUGCGCCGAAGUUCUGAUCCUCUGUGCGAUCAUUCUCAUCUAUGAAAAGCGACGCAACAAGAGUGAAUUGGAAGAAAGCGACACAGAUCCACAAGAUCAUCAGCAAGAAGUAGAACAAGAAGAGGAGACAGAAACGGUGGUAUAUAGUAGAGCUUCUAAAAAAGAUGAUGAUGCAAGCAAAAAUAGUAAUACAAAAGAAAAUAACGGAAAUUAGGAUCACAAUGAGAGGAAAACCGAUUUUUAUAAAAUGCAUAAAAAUGAAAUGAAAAAAAAAAAAAAUAUAUAUAAAUAUAUAUACAUAUAAUCACACUGAAAGUGAUGACAAUGAUAAUAAGAGCGCAAAUAAAAAUAAAGAAUCAAAUUCUUUUUGACGAACCGCAAAGUGGCGUUAAUCUGGCUAUUGAAGAAAGAAAAAAAAAAAAAACGAAUGAAAGCAAGGCUAAAAAUAAGCAUAAUAUUAAUGAG